UCAAUCCAAAAAUGUGUUUUUGUACAAUAUUUCAGGUUAAAAUGGCUCGUUACAUUUUGAGAAGUCACGUAUGUGUUAAUCUGCAUCACACACGUCAUUUCCGUAAUCUCGAAUACAAGCGUUAGAACGUUUACUUUACUCUGUGGCACCCAUGAGCAAGAUAGUAUGACCCCAAUUCAACAUGGCGGCCAGGUGAGUCCUUUUCGGUGGAUACAAAGCACGAUUAGUGAAAUAAAUGUCCAUACAGAGGACUUUUAAGUCUCUGAUAUUAACACGUGCAUUCUUUAUUUAAGUGCAUUGUGGCCACCAUAUGAUAUGUAUUUAUAUGGGACUCCCCGGAAGAGAUUUAGUCGCUGAAAAGCCCACAAGCUGGCACAGAGUAGGUUAUGGUCAAAGUAUGUUAAACACGGAGGAGCUGCCAUCCAUGGCGGAGGGCUGGAGAGAGGUGUUUGAAAGGGGACGUUCGAUUCCUCCACCAGGCCAGAUAAUUCGCCAAGCUGUGGACAACUUCAUCACGCAGUCCCGGGGCCAUCAGCUCACCUUGGGCAGGUUGACGGCGCCUCAUCUACCCAAGGAAACAGCAGAGGUUGGACCAAAUGUGACGUACCAGCUGCGAGUGACGUUCUUUGACAGAAACCGUCAGCAAUUCUUUGGGAGAACAUGGAAGAGCGCCCCACAGAAAAUGAAAAACAACAAGAUAUCCUUCAAAGAGAUCCUGUACUUCCAUACGUCUCUGCGGUUGCCCAGCACGGUGUUGGUUUUGGAGCUGGUGGCAUUGUCAACGAGGUCAGACGGUUCGCAACAGGCCAUGGGGCAAGGCUUCACAGUUCUAGAUCUUUUCUCCAAGACGGAACCUCAAGGGGACAGAAGACUGAAUCUACUCCAUGGAUCACCAAGAAUUCUUCUUCACCCAUUGCUGAAGGACACCGCUGACUGCAGCAAUCUUCUGAAAACUAUUAUUGGGUCACACGUGGAGUGUGCGUUAAAAGACCAUCCUGCCUUCGCUCCCAUGAUGCAUCUCCUUCCAGAGAACGUCCUCGUGCACAAAGAUGAGAACAUUCCCGGCCUCGCAGCUUCCCCGACAGGCGAUGCUCUGUUGAAACCCGUGCUUCUCAAGAUGCUCACCUACACUCUGCACAGACUGACAGUCUGCCUCCAGCCGUCCCUCAAGGCCUUUGAGAGUCAGCUGCUGGAGCUGAUCAACGCCGACUGCCAAAACACGAAACAGCCAAGCCAGGAUAGCUCCAUGCAUGCGAUUGUCAUCCAGGAAAGAAGGCUCCACGUUGGGGUCCACAAUGGCUGGUGUUUCAUUGAUACGCCUCAAGUCGUGGUGCUGGAGCCUCUCUCCGCAGUGGUCAAAGGGCAAGCUGAGAGCACCUCCAAAAAGAGUACUCAGACCAAGGACAGCUCGACAGCACCAUCCGUCCCUCAGACUCUGGGCCUUCGCAGCAACCUCGAACUCAUGCUGAUCAAUCAUCACGCUAUAGCUGUUAUCUUCCAGCUGGAGUACGUCUUCUCUGCUCCUAUUGGUCGAGAGACAAUGUUGUCGACUACGUCAACAUCCCGGGCAGCUUUCCUGCAGAGCCUCCGUUGGGCAAUGUUGUGUCCGUUCCAGGAGGCGACGGACUGGAAGGGGGAAGAGACACAGCUGGUCCUGCAAGGCGGUGCAAACCCAAACCCUCUUGGAGUCAUGGUCUACAGCACAGCCCAGAUUGAGAGCCCCGCACCACCUUCAGGCACACCUCAGGGAACUAAGGAUGAAACAACGCACUUGUCCAAGAAAGCAAAGACUCAGGAUUUAAUCAAAUUCCGGCUGUCAUCCACUGAGGAUAAGGUGUCAUCAAGCCCAAAAACGCCUCUGAGAAGAAAGCCGGAAGAUGUGCCAGGUCAGAGAAGAUCCUCCUCCUCGCCUCCCCAAAGUCCAAAUUACAAUCAAGGAACUCUUCCAGAAUCGUCACGUGGCCCCAAGCUCUCGCUGUCGCAACUGGCGACUACUUCACGCUACCCAACCAGCAGCCACUCCAGCUCGGGGUUGCCAUGGCAACAGUCGUUUCCUUCUCUUCUCCAUCCUUCCAUGUCGGCGACUGCCGACCAGCCAUCACAUGUUGCCUGCUCAGCUGUCAGCGAUAUUGCCCACUUUGAGAUGGAGCCUGUAAAGGAUGGGUCACCUUACCACGAAGAACUUCAGGAGCUCCCAUUCACCCCCAUUCAUGCUCCUGUCAUCACGAUGGACAUGACUGCACUAAGUUCGUCCUCAGUCAGUUCCAGGAGUUCACUGGCCCACCUCUACUCUGCUGGAUUCCCUGACAUUGUGGACUUGAGAGGUCAGGUGGCAGAGGUCUUGGACCCUACAGAGCCGGUGCCUUUCGAUCCACACCGUGAAGAAAUGGAUCCCUUGCAGGAGAAUCUUCUUGUGUUCCAGUUUCUAGCCUUUACAAGAAUACCAGUCGCAGGGGCUGCCCUGGAGUGGCCGAGCAACAUCUACUUCACCUUCCAGUUUUACCGUUUCCCACCAGUCACAUCGCAGCAGCUCCGACUACUAAACAGCGGCAAAGUACAGCAGAAAGCCGGCAUCCCGUUUCCUUGUAUUCUAACCUCCAUCGACAAUGACGGUAGCGUGAACUCUGAGUCCCCUGGCCUGCAGGUACAGUUCAGAGUAGAUGACAGCUUUCUCAAGCCAGGAGAGAAACGUUGUUUCCUUCAAUACCUGGCCCUUCACACCAUGCAUAUCGACAUCUGGGACAGUGACUCAUUGCUGCUUGUAGGUUCAACUGCUGUCGAGCUCAAGUACAUGUUGCGGCACGGUAAAAUGGCAGUACAAGCCCUCCAUGAGGUGGAGGUUCUGACAAGCGAUUACUUGGGUGAGCACACCCUACGGAGUGGCGACGCCUCCAACAACCCUGUGGCGGCCACCAUUGUCAGGGGUCGUUUGCACAUUCGUACUGGAAACAUUGGGCACCAAGUAGAUCCAAGCAGGAGAAGGGCAGCAGAGCGCGCCCAGUGUCAUUCUCACAUCAUCAUUCCUCGUGAAGUCACUGAUGGAUUCACCGGGGGGAGCCUAUCUCCCAGGAAUAUUCUCCAAGUCAAUGCAAGGAACGCCGGCCAGGCCCAGAGACUGCAGGUACACACGGAUCCACUGAACAGAAGCAAGGUCAACACUGAUGUCAUCUUUUCUGUGGAGAAGUCCGACGCCGGCUGCCGCAAGUUACAGUGCAUGGCUGCCGUCUACCAGAAGGAAGGCAAAAAAGAAGCUUCUAAAAUGACAAAUUUUAUGGAUCGGACUAAGAGCGUUACUUUGACCAGACAACCUUUCGUGACGGCGUCAUAUGAGGACAUCAACAAGGCGGAGGGUAUCAGCAACAUGCUCUGCCACGCUAUCACCACCUCGUAUCAACUCUAUGCCAGCCUGGGCUCUGCAGAGUACAUGGAAUUUGUACUUAAAAACCCUUUCAACUCACCUCAGACUGUCACCAUCCACAGUGACGAUCCUGAGCUCAGUGUCAUCACCAACACAGAAGAGUGGCAGUACUUUAAACAGCUCACAAAAACGCCGACCACGUUGGAGAAGGACAUGUUCCACACAGAGGAAGGUGCCCCAGGUCCAAAGGUUUAUCUGAGUCCUAAAGAGAGCGUCCACAUUCCGAUGAAAUACCAGAGCUUCCUGUGUGACAACAACAUGGCUCCUCAGGGGCCGAGCUUCCUUCCUCCAAGGAAGAGUUCGACUCAGGCCAAGAAGAUUCUGUCCAAUAUUGUUGCUGCCAAAACCAUCAAGGUUUCUUUCAAAGCAGAAAAUGGCGAUCCAAUAGCCAUCUGCCAGGUGAUUGUGGAGCCAACACCACACGUUGUCAACCAGACGUUCCGACUUUACCACCCGGAGCUCAGUUUCCUCAAGAAGGCCAUCCGUUUGCCGCCAUGGCAUGCUCUGUCUGGCAAUACAGCAGUUGGAAGCACGGAUGCCAAGACUCAACUUUCUGUAUGCUGUAGUGACCCCAACAUCAUCUGCCAGACUAUGAUGCCGAUGCCAGGAGAGCCUCAGGAUGUCUACUUAAAAGUACCCGGCAGUCCCAGUCCCAACAUCAAAAUGUUUUAUGUGAUGGUUUUCAUUGAUGAGUGGAUGGCGGCGCCCUCGCAGAUCUGGCAGGUUUAUGUACAUUUCAUGGAACGGGUGGAUGUCAGUUGUGUCACUGGCCAACGGAGCUGUCAAUCACUGGUGCUGAGGGGGAGGCAGGCCGCUCGCAAGGUCAAGUGUUUCUCGUCACACCCCGAGGAGAUUGAGGUCAGCCCUGGAGGUGUUUUCAUGCUGCCCCCAGCAGCAGUGCAGGAGCUCCAAUUGAAGGUGCAGCCCUGGCGGCCAGGCAGCCGCUUCCUGUUUGUGAACGCAGUGGACGUGGAGCAGAGGCAGCUGGUGACUGCCUGGCUGCUCUGCCUUAAUAUCCACCGACCUGUCUUAUCUAAGGCAUUUGAGGUGUGUGUCCCAGUUCGAGGUGGACGAGGAAGCUCCAAGAAAAUUACAUACACCAACCCUUACACGGGCGCCCGCACCUUCCUGCUCCGCUCCGGCCAUCCUGAUCUGCUCCAGUUCAAAGAGGACAGAUUCCAGAUUGGCGGGGGGGAGAGUUACACCAUAGGGCUGCGCUUUGCCCCCAGCCAGAGUCCAGGCUCAGUGGAGAUCCUGGUCUACGUCAACAACAUGGAGGAGAAGACGGAAGAGACCUUCUGUGUAAAUGUCAACUACUCAUGACUACUUUAAACUUGAAUCUGUACUAUAUUUUUGCUACGUACAUCGUAAUAAACACUACGUUUUUUUUUUUUAAAAUGGUGGUACAUUUAAGGGCUGAUUUAUUUUAUGGCAUUCCAACGAGCCGCCUUCAAAUAAAUCAAAUCCUGCAAAGCCAAACUCUGCAAAGUCGCGGGUACACAAAGCUAAGUUUUAAUCUUCUGCUGAGGUGUCCAGCAAGUGUUCACGACACUUCCUCCCCAACCAUCGAGAAGUGCACUGACGGUGAAAGCAAUAACUUUUUAUCGACUUUAAUUACCCGGCAAAACCACUUCAAUGCCACUUUAUGGUGGGGUUUUAAUCUAACACCAGCCGGGGGUCCGUGAUCCUCUCACCUCCCAAACAACUUAUCCUCAUCAAACCAUUAUUAGAAGCGGCAUGAUAAUGGGGUACAAUCGUGUUGUUUUUUUUUUUUUUUUUUCCUUUUUAGGCGAGGAGAACAACUCAGCCACACACUGUAAGCAUUGUGUUAUGUAACAGGCUGUGUUAUGUAACACAAUCCCCUCCACCCCCUACCAUAUCUCUCUCAUUAGGAUUCAGGCUGCAAAAUAAAGCUUGAGCACAUCAGCAGAGGAGGCCAAUAAAAUGAAGAUAACAGCUCAGUCGGGUAUAUUUCAUCUGUCUUUCCUCUAAUAUGAGGAUGCUCAUUUUUCUCUCAGGUGUAUGUUUGCAUGCUGCUGCUGCACAAUAUCCAAGCUUUAUGCACUCCACUUUUUCCAGUGGGUGUCCAUACACUCAAACGUCACAUGUAUGCACUUAACAAUAAGCUUUUAUACUGACAGAUGUUUCUAAUUGUACCUCUCUGAUUGUAACAGUUGUCAUAAUUACCAUAAUUGCUUAUUUUGUACUACAUAACUGGUAGUUACCUUUUUUUUUUAAUAUAAAAUGUAUUGAUAUCUCACCCCUGCACAUGGUGCCCAAGGCGGAUGGGUUGUGGCGGCCUUGUGGCGAUUUCCGCCACCUUAAUGAUAUCAACCGCCCCCCU